AUUGUUUCUUGCUGGCUCGUAGUGGUCAAUGUUUUUUUUGUCUUAAGAAACGUGUAGCAUAAUAUGCUCUUGAAGCUUCUUUCUCUUCUUCAAAAAUAGACAUACAACACAUCAUACAUCUCAUAUUCACCUGAAAAAGGCUAUCAAAAACAUAAAAAUGGCUUCAUCUUCGUCGAGUACUAGUGGUUUGCCUUCGUCUUCGAGUCACAAGUGCGACGUGAACACUGAGGACUUUCAAAUGGGAGGAACUGAGGAAGAGGCGCAUCCGGCUAAGCGUCGCAAGAGGACAUCAGGCACGAACUUUAUCAACAAUAUGCGGAACCUAGUGGAACAGAGGAAGCAAACUGGUGCUGAUGUCGGCGAAGUUGUGCGGACUCUGUGGCAGAUGUAUGUUGAGCAUGGCCAGGCUCAGCCGCAACACGAUACCAAAAGUGGCACUGGUAAUGAGUAUCCUACAGCUGAAGAAUUCCAUCUGUCGUUUAUUAGCAAGGUGUUCGACUACUUCAAGAAGAGCGACCACGCAAAGACGACAACCACGCAAACGUUAUGGCUUUGGUUCGCUACAUCGGGCUCGGUGCACCUUUCUCCUUUUUUCUUGGAAUUCAUUGAUGCGACUAGCACUGAAGCUAAUGUUUGUUCCUUUUUUUCUAUAUGUGACGAGUAGCUCAAAGACAAAUGACAAAUAAAGUGAACAUUUUCUCACGGCUCUAAUGUGUUACACGAUGCCCCCGCCUGCACCCUCCGGAGCAGUGGGAUUUUUAUCUUCCUCCUCCUCUAGUUGUGCGCCACACCCACAACAGCUACAUCCGAUGGGCGGGCCACCUUCUGGCCUUUCUGGGUUUGUACCCUUCCAACAACAUCAUGCAGCGCCAAUCGUCUCUCAGUCAGCUUUUUCACAUAGUUAUUUUAUGCAAGAAGGGGUUCCGAAUACGUCGCCAGGAGAAGAUGCCUUCAUACUUCCUCCACCAACAAGUGUUCAGGGUGGAGGUGAAGCAGAACAACAAUUACUAUCCAUAUCUCAACACUCUCAGCCAGCAAGAGGAGACUCUUCGUCUGGCCCACUAAGCCGCCCCAGCCUCGUUGAAGGCGACAUGUCCGCAGAGCCUGCUUCUGAACCUCAGGGUGCUUCUCCAGGACAAGAACUAAGGCUAGGAACUACAAUGAGCGACAGCGGUUGAUUUUGGUAGUGAUGCUCACGGUAUAAGUAAUCAUCUAGACCAUUUUUUAUAUUUUCUGUCCUUCAAUCAGCAUCUUCUACUUGAUCUCUCGCUAGAAGUACUCUGCCUGGUUGCUCUGAAGACGACGAACUAGUUGAUGUAACUGUAACUCAAGUUAUUUGAAGCGCUUGCUUCUGCCUUUAGCCUGUCACUACUCCUACUGCAAUAUUUUCAAAAACAAUCACAAUCACAAUCGCAAACCUCAUCUAAGACUAAAUCUAGAUGCAGCCCAGCAGGGCCCGUCGCAGAGCUCCUCAGCUUUGAGUCUUGAACCGUUGCCCAAAUACGCAGACUUUCCACGGUAUUACGAGAAGAGCAGUUACGGCUGGACGAUGUAAGUAUAUCUAUAUCUUGUUAUAAUUGACCACUGGUGUUGUUGAUGUUGAAAAGUAAAAUUCAACUGGUCAAUAACAAGAUAUACGUGGAACAAUUUAUUUCCUCCGACUGCUGGCCCUGGCACAGCUCAUUUUGGUCUUGGAACUCCGAAAGUCGUGAUGAAAGACUUAAGUAGUCGUUGCCUUCGCAGCGGCCUACCGUAUGGGUAUGUAUCAUCAUCAUCAUUAGAAUAUAAGUUGUUCUGCAGUAUCCACUGUGUUGAAUAAUUUUCAGGAGCUACUACAACUGCAAUAAACUCUUCUUCUAAUCAAACAGAAAAGAUCAGAAGAUGGAGGUGCUGAAGGCCGCGAAGAGCGCGAUCUACAACCUGCAUGAGAAAGCGAUGGACUCGGGCUUGUACUAUUAUAUUCUGUACAAUUACACACGCGAGCCUGGGAAUGACCAAUGCAGCUACUGCGAUUGGAAGAAGACUCUACCAGAAGAAAUACAAAACGUCGCUAGCGAAAACGGACGGCGCGCAUAUUAUGUUGGACUUCGUUGGGGUUGGUAUAGCAGAGUAGUAUAUAGCACGCAUGGCGCAUGGAGUAGCAUGGAGCGCAGAGCUUUAAGGGACGCAAGAAGCUCCCCCUUUAGCUCCAUGCUCCUCCAUGUGAUCCAUGCACUCCAUGCCAUGCGAGCUGUGAAACCUUGUAAAUUGCUCUGGUAUAAGUAGUUGCAUCGACUGGCUUUGUAGCAGCAGUUGUUUCGUGGUCUACUUGCCAGCAGGUGGCUUAUACGGUAAACGCUGCUAUUUCUUUUCACUUAAGUACCCCUUUCUUCAUACGUGGUGAUGUGUGCCGGCAGUUGCAGUGACAUUAGUAGUAAAAUCUGUAGUAUCCAAUUGAGAGCAUGAGCCUGUUCGGUCCCUGUUGAGAUUGGAGGUCGUAAGCAGUCUAGUGUUAAUAGAAGUAGCAUGAUUCGUCGUCGUAGUUUUGUUAUUUACUUCUUCUAAGAUAACAGUGACGAUUUUUAUGGGCUCCUCUCAACAGUCCAUAAUGCGAUAAAGCACGUGAACCAGAAGACCCCCGAAGGGCAACUCGUCCAUGCGUACCCAAAAUCGCUUUCGUGGCUGAAGGAGUUCGCGCGUAUGGUUUGUGAAUAUUUCAAUUACUUCAAGAUGAAUGACAGCUUUAAUGUGUACUACAGGAGGAACAGGACCGAUAAAUAUUAUAGCGUAGCCGAUGAACCCAACGACCUUUAAUCUUCUUCACUCUCUUGAAUGAUGCGCAAGAGUGUCAACCGUCUCCUUCUUUAUAUUUGAAUUCUUGAUCAUGCUCUUGGUCAUCCGUUUCCGUUCAUGAAAGAGAAGAAAAAACCUGAGUGGAAACCAUCGUCGCAUGAGCUCGAUGAUUGCGCUGCGCAUAUCGUCUUUUAUCUCGUACACGAACAGCCUGACUUCAUACAGGAGGUCGUGAGGGUGUCGAACGAGUGCCACCGCAUUCAAGAGCGAGAAAGGGAACGGGAGACAAACAAAGCCAUAUCUUACGAGCUUCGUGAGGUUUUACUUUAAAUCUUUCCAAAAAUUUAUCAUGACGUAGUAGAAGUUACUUGUUGAUUUUUCAGGACUAAUACUAAUUCAUCUUGUUUUAUUUACUACUACUAGAGCUCCUGCUCUUCUGGACUACUUGGACUGACAUCUUGUUGUUCUUGUCCCCUCAAUUAUGUCCCGGACGCUUGCUUGCUCAUUUGGCCGUUUGGUAAAGUGGGCGCGGAUAAUGGCUACAGCGAGCUUCACAGAUGGGUAAAGAUGGGAAGUGUUUCCAAGGUCGAAGCGUGUAUCAAAGCCGGAAUCGACCUCACGUGGAGAAAUGGGUAUCAAGAGACGGCUUUGGAGACAGCCCAAUUCUUGGCUCGUAGGUACCCUGUCAGCACCGAUGUGCCUGCGAAUAAAGAAGAAGAACACGAAGAAGAGGACCGUCGCUAUGCAGAGAGCAUAGUGAAAAUUGUGAAGCUGCUUGAAGAUGCCCAUGCAGCUGAACAUCAAUAGAAGCGUGAGCGCCCGGCGUCAUGAGAAGAUGCGUGCAGUACGUGAGUGGGCAUCAAGGUACUAGUAAAAACUCACUUUUGGUUACGCUUAUCAUAAAGAAGAAGCAUGAUAUUGCCGAUCAAAUUUACUUCUAGUAUUUGCAUUUCUUCACUCAACUACGAAUAUUCCGCGACAAGAAGAAUACCAGGACUUUUGUUUUUACAAACCUUGCCAGGUGUAGAAGUAGUACGUCUCCGGAUUUUCAGAGAUACAAGCUUGCAUGUUUUACCUGAGCCGCAUGGAGAAUGAGGAGGAAAUAGAAUAAUUCAUUGCGGAGUCAGUCUUAACAGACGUUGAAGAAAGUUGUUGAUGUGUGCUCCUUCUUGACGUGGUAAAUGUAAUGGAGAAGAGUUGUGGUAGUGGUCUAGAUAUUACCUGAGGUUGAGUUUUUCUUUUUUAGCGUUCCGAUAUGAUGUGGAGGUACCAUAAUUCUUGACGUUCUUACAGUCUAUGCCUAUCUAUAUUAACUUGGAUUGCUGCUCUCCCUGUUAGGAAUUUCAUACUAGUAGAUUCCAUAUCCUUAGAUGUGUAUGUGACUUGAUGAUCUUCAUUUGGAUUCAAUGUUUUGGUAUUGUCAGUGCUGAAGAUGUGCAUGGUUAGAAGUGUGGUUCGCAAGUAGGUCGACGUCUGAUGUUCCUUUGUACAUACAACAACUUCCAUGCAGUCAAUUGUUCACAUAUCAUGAUAUGAAUCUUCCGUAGUGGAAGUGGUCUCUACUCGCAGUACUGGUUUCCCCGUUGUACAUGGAGAAUUCCAACAUGUACCAAUUCCUCAAGAACUACAUAUUUUCUCGUCAUAUAAUUUUGAACAAGAACGAAAGACUUCAUCUCGUACUUAUAACACUAGGCUCGUACGUGGUGGAUGUGGAAUUCAAUCGUUCUUGUACUUGUUAUUCAGGCCGUCCUUGAUAACUUCUCAGUUCCAAUUGUGAACGAAAGAUGAACCGUCUUAGCACGGUCAUCAUCACCCCGCCAUGAAAGUUGAAUCAUAGAGCUCGGCAUCGGUAUCUAUCAUAGUUCUUUGUAUCAGAUUAAUUUUUCUAGCUUCUUGCAUCUGAUGGAGCAUCUUCGUUAGCGAGUCCCUCGUAUUCUAAGAAAAUCUCGUCCACAUUAUAUUCGUUGUAGCCCCGACGAGACGAAGACUAUGAAGAAAAUCCCAUGAUUGAAUAUCUUCCAUAUUAAAGAGUACAUUCCUUAGCCCCAUCACAACUGUUCCUUCCCAAGAUAAAGCCAUGAAAUUCUAGCAACAUGUAUGAACGCGGACGUCGUUGUGACUUUUUCAACGAAUAUUCAUACUGCAUCACAUCACAUCAGCGGCUUGAGAGGAUCAUGAGCUCGCCCCCAUCCCCUCGCAC